UGAUGUCGGACUUUUCUUUUUGUCUUCCGGCGACGCUCUAACUGUAGGGAGUGAAAGGGAAAGGGAAUGAAAACAUUAUUCCCUUAUGUUUUAGCCAACUGCGAUCAAAUGUCCUGGUUCUACAUCAAACCAUCGUGUUGGAGUUUUAGUUAAGGGUAAAACAAUAAGUAUCCGGGUGUCAGUCUGACCUUUCAAAAUGUCUCAGGAAGGAUAUCAGACACCAGCCAUGAUGACUGCUACCGCUGAACCGAGCCUAAACCCAGUUGAACCUCUGUGGAAUAACCCUGGGAAGACUCCAAUUCAAAUCCUGCAUGAGUAUGGGAUCAAAAGUGGGAACCAUCCCAUGUUCAUGAUGGAGAAGGCUGAAGGCCAGGCUCACCAGCCCAGCUUUGUCUUCAGCGUGACAGUCGGUGACGUCACAUGCGUAGGCCAGGGUCCCAGUAAAAAAGCUGCGAAGCACCAAGCUGCAGAGGCUGCUCUGAAUAUUCUGUACACAGACGCUGGAGCUGGACAUGUUGCUGCGACGGGUCUAAGCAACGCCGCCGAAACAAACAACCAUCUUCCUAAUUCUGUAGGACUACUCCAGGAGUUGGCGUUGCAGAGAGGUUGGCGUCUCCCUGAGUACACAGUUUUACGGGAGACCGGCCCCCCACACAUCAGAGAGUUUACAGUCACCUGCAGACUGGAGUCUUUAUCAGAAAAAGCUGCAGGGAAUUCCAAAAAGGCAGCAAAGAAGGCUGCCGCAGAGAAAAUGAUGGCAAAGCUUCAGAGUUUGUCAGGAUGUUCAGAAGUCACAUGGAAUCCAAAGCCGAGCGUCCGAUUUGACACCAUAAGAAGCUCCACGGCAGAGAAGAUAAACCUGCUGAGGAGAAACCCACUGAGCAUUCCCAACAUGGAUUAUAUUCAGUUGAUGUUGGAGCUUUCCUUGGAGCAAGGCUUUGAAGUCACAUACUUUGAUAUUGACGAACUGACGGUGAACGGGCAGUACCAGUGCCUGGCGGAGCUGUCCACCUCCCCGGUGACCGUGUGCCACGGCACCGGCAUCUCCUGCAGCAACGCACACAACGACGCAGCUCACAGCGCACUCCAGUACAUCAAGAUCAUGGUUUCCAGCAAAUAAGCCCCUCCGGAAUCCACAGUUUCUCCUCCCAACUUGUCAACAUUUCACAGUGAGAUUAUGAUCUUCAUCUAUAUUUUUGUACUCCAUCAUCACAGUGCAGCUCCAUGAAGAUUUCUAUGUCAGGUUAAAACUGAUCAGAAAGCCAACUAGCCAAAUAGUCUGCGUCGCACCACCGCUGCAGUCAAGAUUCGGGGAUAUAUAUUUGCUGAUCUUUCCGAUGGGUUGAAUAAAGCAUCAGUUCAGAGAG